GGUUCUUGAUCCUCCGUUAUCUUCGUCUUCCUUUUCUGGUUCUGUCUCUUCUUCCUGAGCCUCAAGUAUUCUUCAAGGUUUUGCUCUCAUGGCCGACUCCAAGCCAACCCACUUCAACGGAGCCUACUACGCCGGUCCACAAGGAGCCCCAACUGUCCCCCAACAGCCGCCACAGGCCUACUACCGCCCCGGCCGCGGCCACAGCUCCUGCGGUUUCUGCUGCAUCAUAGGCACCUUCCUCAAGAUCAUCAUCACCAUCGUUGUCAUCAUCGGCAUCGCCGCUCUCGUUAUCUGGCUCGUUCUCCGGCCGACGGCGAUCAAAUUCUACGUAGAAAACGCGUCCCUGACACAGUUCAACUUGACAAACACGAACACUCUGCACUAUGAUCUCAAAUUGAAUGUUAGCAUAACGAACCACAACAGGAAGAUCGGGAUCGACUACGACAAUCUCGAGGCGGCGGCGUAUUACGCCGGAGAGCGGUUCGGGUGGGAUCAGCUGCCUGGCUUCUAUCAGGGUCAUAAGAACACCACCAUACUGCAGACUGCCUUCAAGGGGCAGUCUUUGAUUGUCCCUGCGGAUUUCGUUGCCAAUGUCUUCAAUGAUCAGAAAGCACGCGGGUUUUACUACGUAGAUGUGAAGAUUAAACCCAACAUGAGGUUCAAGAUUGGGCAUUUGAAGACAACCAAGUAUAGUCCAAAGAUCUGGUGCUACUUUCAGGUUCCUUUGGACUCUAAGAACUCAUCAUCAUCUGCCGCUGGUGGGUUCACUAGGACCAAAUGUGAUGUGGAUUACUGGUAGCCUUGGGGUUUUUUCCUUCUUGUUUGUUUCCGUCUUUUUUCUCCAUAUGUUCGAUUUGCACAGAUCUUACCGUGUAAAUUAGAUCAAGAUGUUGUUGGUGAUUGAGAUUCUUCAUUGAAUUUUUGGGAUUUUUGUGUGUGUACAUGUAAUAAAAGUCAAUCUCUCUAUA